UGUGAUGUGUCUAUGCAACUGUAGUGUGUAUUUACGCCCCAGAAACCGAUCAUACCUGCAGUUCAGGACCUCUCAAACUUACGCACUCCAUGCACAUUAGUCUGACAUAGCAUAACGUCUACACCGCGUCUGCACCUUUGCAUUCGUUUCGAGUGUUUCGCUGGGCCUGUACCUCCGGAAUUGAGCUGCGCAGUUUCUGAACUUCUCAUGAACCGCCGUGAACUGGUUCACAGCGGUGCAGGCGAAUCGAACAGACCGCGUUUACCGGACAACGCGGCAGGAAUCAAAGUCGAAUGGGUGGAUGAAUGUUAUGAGCAUCCCCUUUGGAACGGGGCAGUGGUUUGCGUCACCCAGCUCUUGCUAUUAUACUGCUUGUCCUACCUAUUUACGCUAACCGCACAGCUGAAUUAAAGUCUGUCUUAGCAGCUAUGUGUAGUAGAAAACCUAAUAAAUGUACAAAAUAUAUAUUAAGGUUACACUUGCGUGCUUUUCAGCGUUGAUUGCGUUCACCUACGGACAUCAGCUGAAUGACAGCUGCCAUUCAACGUUUGAGUGUGCCAAAGUGGACGACCUAUCACGCUGCGAUGCUGGUGUCUGUCGUUGCAAGCCAGGCAACCAUGAAGUGUCGACUCCUUUGGGUCCCAAGUGUCUUUCAGGCACCACGGCCAAGCCACAGUGUGAUGCAGACCGUCCGUGCUCAUCUCACGCAUUCAUCUGCACCUCGUGGGGCAUCUGCGAUUGCCGCCUUCCGGGCUACAAGGCCGAGCUUCUCUUUUCACGUUGGCAGUGCAUUCAGGAUCCCUUCCUGUUUGAAGAUCAGGGCACAGUGACUUUCCUCAAGGUUUCCCCUGUGCCACUACUCAUUGUCGUCAUCAUCGUUGCAUACUUUGGAUACCAGCACAAGGCCAAGGUGUCGCCAUCCCACCGCACAGUGCGUGAAGUGAAUCGGCUGCAGCAGCGGCGCAUUGUACCUCUGUGGCGUGGUGUCACCUUUCACCCGACCACUACUCAAGCCCAACCCCAGCUGUCCUCUUCUUCCACUUUGGCCCGUGCCAUCCCCAGUGUUCCUCAUCCACGGCCCCCGUCGAUUCGCAUCGUUGUUCCACAGCAGCCUGCGGGUGACCUGUCACCUCCGCCGCCUUACCAGACAGUACCAGAUGAAGAAGCGCCUCCAAGCUAUGAUGAGGCCAUGCGCUCCACCCCAGCCGCCAUUGUGGAGCACGUCCUUCCUCUGCUGUCAGACGAGUCACCACCCUUGCGCAGGGGGAAGUCGUAAACGCAUGGACAUCGCUGCGACAUGCAUGUUUUGUGUUUGUUAACCAGGCCCUUUUGUGUCGUGUUCCAUGAAAAGUGGUGUCAGCACUUUAUUUACAGGUGCAGCAAUAUUGUCGAAGCAACUAGCUAAAGUGUAGUCAGCUGAUCAUGGUAUUUUUGCUGUUUAGUGCACUGCUGCCAAAGAUGCUCUUGACUGCUUAUGAUGUAAGUUGCCUUAAUUGCUGAUAUGCUGCUAAGUCGUGGCACAUUGCUUGUCUACUAGAGCUGAAGUUGCUUGCUUUAGCUGAUUCCUGCUGUUCUUUCACUGAGUUGCAACUUGAAUAGAGUGCUGCCCACCGCUCGGCCUGUUGUCAAGAGUCCAUGUUGGUUAACUCAUUCAACCUUCGCUAUAUUCUUUUCAUUCCAUCAUAGAACCACUCUUGUUUGUGUACAUUCUUUGUUAAUUGCAUUCCAAAGACUUUAGUUAGUAAUAUCCAGGCUGGUUCUUGCCAAGUCAUUGUAUCUGGGAGCGUUGUUCACUGAUUCUAGAGGUCAUCUAUUGUUAUAUUUAUUUAAUGUAAUUAGUUGAGUUUGUAUAUAGAACUCUCAGGCAUCCCUAUCUUUGUAAUUUCACUUGUAGCUACCUCCAGUCUCCAUUGCCGGAGAAAUUUUUUUUAAUCACUUAGGGGCUCAUUGCACUUUUUCUUUUGAAAAAGUAUCAUAAUGGUUCAUUUUUUGGGUAUAAGCUUUACUAACAUGUUUAGAACACAGAAAUGUAUCUCUAAGUAGCAUGGAAAAUCUAAUUCAGUAAAGGCGAUGAUGGUAGUAAAGUGUUUAUUGGGCCAGAGAUAGGCUUGUCAUAAGCCAAAAAUUAACAAUCGCUUAUGAGGUCUUCAAUAUUCCUUAAGGGACUAAUACCUGUGCUAUACAGGCCUUUUUAAUGCCACCAACCGCCAAGGGCAUUAAGUUUCUUAAUUCUAUUAUAUCUGAAGUCGCUGCUACGUGCUCAAUUUAAGUCAUAUGGAAUGCUGUGAUGACGAUAGCUGUAGUGAAUACAAUAAGCUUGUUUACCAGUCCUAAUCGUCAGUCCAUCAAUAAAAGCUAUGUAGCUAGCAAAAGUUCUGUGAAAUGCCACUAAAUAAACUCACAAGCAUUUCUUAUAUAAAAUUAUUACUUCAGGAAUCUUUUUGUCUGUAACCAUUACUUGGGAGUGACUGUGCACACAACAGCCGUAUCAUGAGAAUGUGCUAUGUCACUAAUGACAUUAAGUUUUAAUGCCAUUAAGUAAGCCCGUGUGGCACCAUGCAAAUGCCAUUAAAUUUUAAGGCAUUCAGCGACUAAUUAAUUUUUUUGUGCCUGUGCAGCACGGGUAUAAUUGCGGCAAUUCUUUUCUCAAUGACUAUUCAUUCUAAGCAUUUUAGAAAUUUCCUGCUGCCAGCUAGUCUUAUGGUAUUGCUGAAAACAUUGCUUAACAUUCUCUUUAUGCAGAACUUACAAAUCUUUACGAAAUGGGGCCUGUGGAAUCGCUAUUCUUUGUGUAGAAAUUUAUAGCUAAUAGUUCCGGCGUCAUUUUAAAAUGUGCUUUUAUAAAUUUCUUUCAAAAUUGCUGUUCACAUAGGACCUGAACUAUGUAACAGGUUCAUCGUUGUUCUUCAUAUCAUGAUUUUUGUAUAACAUUAAUUUCAUCCUUUACAAGCAGUGGCAGCCAUAACUUCAAAGUUUGCAUAUUGGUGAUAGACACACAGGCAAAAAUACACAACUUAGCCUUACAUGCUUGCUUUAAGCAAGCCUCAGCAUUUACCAGUACCAAUGGGCAUUGUUUUUAUGCUUACCAGUAGCAUGCAAUCUAAAAUUUACUAAGAUGUUAGGUUUAGUGUUAACUUGAUCUUGGCUGCUUUAAAUUCAAUUCAUUCAUUUUUGGUGUCCCUUAACAGGGGACGUAUUCUCGGUCAGUCAAUUUUGUCAAUACUUUCAUCAACACUUGACACGAUAGUAAAGGGGCCCACUGACAUGAAACACUAAAUUAGGUUAGAUUGAUAAUGUACUCUUUCGAACUCCUGUUUUUAUUAAUUUUGUUGUAAGAAGUUGAUUACUGGAAAAGAAAAUAAAAACCAAACUGGCAUUUUUUUUUUAUUUGUGCCAAACCCCGUUG